AUGUCACUCAACGAUGAUGCUGAAACGCCAAAGACGUCUGAAGAGCCUCUCACGAUAGAACAAGUAACUGUUGUUCUCAGCUCUCCAGUUGGUGACACUGAUCAACCAGCAGAAUCAAUUGCUGAUCCUGCUGCUGCUGAACAACCAAUGACUGAUUCGAUCAGUCAACCGGAUUUGCCAUCUACGCCUCCAACAAAUCCUGCUGAAGCAGACCGGAAUUGCAUCCCUGAAGCUGUUGCUACUUUACCAGAAGAAGAACAGAGAUCAGCUGACAAUGCUGAUCGCCCAAUGUCUGAAGAACGAGUCGAAGAAAUCCCCAAGUCUCCUCCGCCUUCAACGACAUCACUCUUGAACACUGAUAAGCCUACUUCACCUGAAGACAAGAACAUCAGUCAAGAGCAAUCAAUUCCUCUGCCUUUAGCUGAAGGAAGAACAGAACGUCCUGCUCCAACCAGCCAACCCGAGGCUUCAACAUCCAAAACCAAUGAAGAUCGUCAGCAAGUGCAGAAUUCUUCUGCCGAAUCAGAUGUUCCAAUAGAACACGUAGAGCUUCCUCGCGCAGAAGGACCAGUUCUAUUUGAUUCAGAUUCCGAAACUGACGAGCUUCUUACUGUCUGGAAGCACAAUCGGCCACACAGGAAUCUACUACGGAUCUCUGAUGAUGCUGAAAAACCGAUGGAUGUUCUGCUUGAGCAGCUUGCUGAUCAACGGCUUGAAAUCGACUUACUCCAACACGAGCUCAAACGACAGAAUAUUUACGGAGAAAAGUUCGUGAAGAAGCUUAAAGAAGUCGAGAAACAGGCAACUGAAGACAUGGUCUAUCAUGCCGGCUUGAUCAAUGAGCUCCAACAACGGAUAGAAGCAUAA